GUACAUGAAACGUGCGUGAAACAGGGACGACGUGUCAGUGUUGAAAAGAGUAUUCUUUGGGAAAAAAGUGAAAAAUAGCUGGGAAAACUGUGUGAAAAUGCUGACAAACUUUGAAACAAAGUCCGCCCGUGUGAAAGGAUUGUCCUUUCAUCCGAAACGGCCAUGGGUUCUGGCCAGCUUGCACAAUGGGGUCAUCCAGCUGUGGGACUAUCGGAUGCACACCCUUCUUGAGAAAUUUGAUGAGCACGAUGGUCCAGUGAGGGGUAUUUGCUUCCACAGUCAGCAACCCCUAUUUGUGUCCGGAGGUGAUGAUUUCAAGAUUAAGGUGUGGAACUAUAAGCAGCGACGGUGCACAUUCACUCUUCUUGGGCAUCUGGAUUAUGUCCGUACAACCGUGUUCCACGAGGAGUAUCCAUGGAUUCUGAGUGCUUCCGAUGAUCAAACAAUCAGGAUUUGGAAUUGGCAAUCGCGCACGUGCAUAAGUGUUCUCACGGGGCACAAUCACUACGUGAUGUGUGCUCUAUUCCACCCCACCGAGGAUCAAAUUGUGUCUGCAUCGCUCGACCAGACAGUCCGGGUGUGGGAUAUCUCAGGUACUGCCAAUCGAGAUGGAAUGAAAGGUUUGCGGAAGAAGAACGUAGCUCCUGGGCCAAGUGGAUUGGAAGAACAUCUUAAAAAUCCCGGAACAACAGAUCUCUUCGGGCAAGCGGAUGCUGUGGUUAAGCACGUGCUGGAGGGCCACGAUCGCGGUGUCAACUGGGCUAGUUUUCAUCCCCACAUGCCCCUCAUUGUAUCCGGAGCGGAUGAUCGACAGAUAAAACUGUGGCGUAUGAAUGAAUACAAAGCCUGGGAGGUGGACACAUGUCGGGGUCACUACAACAAUGUUUCAUGUGUCCUGUUCCACCCACGACAGGAGCUCAUUAUAUCCAAUAGCGAGGAUAAGAGUAUCCGUGUGUGGGAUAUGACAAAGAGACAGUGCCUCCAUACAUUCCGUCGGGAGCAUGAGCGUUUCUGGGUGCUAGCUGCUCAUCCGACACUCAAUCUCUUUGCCGCUGGUCACGAUGCUGGUAUGAUUGUCUUUAAGCUUGAGCGUGAGAGACCAGCUUACACGGUGCAUGGGAAUAUUUUGUACUAUGUGAAGGAGCGUGUUCUCAAGAAAUUGGACUUGACCACAACGAAGGAAUCAAGUGUGACUCAACUGCGGGGCAGUGGGAAGAUUCCCGUGUACAGUAUCUCCUACAAUCCAGCCCUCAAUGCGAUGCUUCUCUGCUCGAGAACGUCCAAUAUGGAGAAUAGUACGUAUGAGUUGUAUAGCUUGCCCAAGGACACUGACACGACCAGCAGCUCUGAGGUAGAAUGCAAAAGAUCUUCCGGGAUAACUGCCUUGUGGGUGGCAAGGAAUCGUUUUGCCGUAUUCGAUCGCAACAAUCAGCUUGUGGUGAAGAAUUUCAAGAAUGAAGUUACAAAGAAAAUUCAAGCUCCACCAUGCGAUGAGAUCUUCUAUGCUGGCACGGGGAUGCUACUCCUACGUGAUCCUGACUACGUCACUCUAUAUGACGUUCAGCAGCUCGUGGUGAUUGCACAGGUGAAAAUUUCAAAGUGUCGCUACGUGGUGUGGUCACCGGAUAUGUCCCACGUGGCUCUUUUGGGUAAGCACACCGUCAACAUUUGCAACAGACGCUUGGAGUCUCUGUGCAACAUUUUGGAGAAUACACGCGUUAAGUCAGGUGCAUGGGAUGAUAGUGGGGUAUUCAUAUACACCACCAGCAAUCACAUCAAGUAUGCCAUCACAAAUGGCGAUCAUGGGAUCAUUAGAACGCUCGAUCUUCCCAUUUACAUCACAAAGGUGAAGGGAACGCAAGUUUUCUGCUUGGAUCGUGAAUGCCGGGCUCGUGUUAUGAAUAUCGAUCCAACGGAGUAUAAAUUCAAGCUAGCACUGAUUAAUCGCAAAUAUGAGGAAGUUCUGCAUAUGGUACGCAAUGCCAGACUCGUUGGCCAGAGUAUUAUUGCAUAUCUGCAGCAGAAGGGCUAUCCGGAAGUUGCUCUGCACUUUGUCAAAGACGAAAAGACAAGAUUUAAUCUUUCUCUCGAGUGUGGAAACAUUGAGGUGGCACUAGAAGCAGCCAAGGCUUUGGAUGACAAGGCAUGCUGGGAGAGACUUGGCCAGGUUGCCCUUAUGCAGGGUAAUCAUCAAGUUGUGGAGAUGUGCUACCAGAGAACGAAGAACUUUGAUAAACUCUCCUUUUUGUACCUCAUCACGGGGAAUUUGGAGAAGUUGAAGAAGAUGACAAAAAUUGCAGAAAUUCGAAAGGAUACCUCGGCACAGUAUCAAGGAGCUCUGUUGCUUGGAGAUGUGGGGGAAAGGAUUAAUAUUCUAAAAAAUUGCGGGCAUUCCUCCUUGGCCUAUCUGACUGCAGCCACGCACGGAUUCACAGAGGAAGCUGAAAAGCUUCGGGAGGAUAUUAGUCAGGGUAAAGAGGUGCCACCACUGAAUCCCAAUGCGGUAUUCCUAAAGCCACCUGUACCGGUGCAGCAAGCUGAAGCCAAUUGGCCCCUUCUAACGGUGUCCAGGAGCUUCUUCGAUGCCGCUAUGACGACAAAAGCAUCAAAGGGUGUACAUCAGGCGUUGGCUUUUGAAGCACCAACAGAUGGUGGUGUGACUGAGGGUUGGGGAGCCGAUGCGGAGCUUGAUUUGGAUGAAAAUGACGAUCUGGAUGAGUUCAAGGAUGCCGAGAAGGGUGAAGAAGGUGAAGCAGAAGCCGGGCCAGGAUGGGAUGUAGAUGAAGUGGAACUACCGGAAGAACUGAUGCUUAAUCUCAAGGCAUCCGAAGAUGGUUCAGGUGGAUUUGUGGCACCAACAAAGGGACUAUCUCAGGCACAAAUUUGGAGUAGCAAUUCCCAACUUGUGGCUGAUCAUCUUCGUGCUGGUGCCUUUGACAGUGCAUUCAGACUCCUCAAUGAUCAAGUGGGAGUUGUUAACUUUUUGCCCUACCGGAAGCUUGCUAUGAAUAUUUUUGCUGGGUCACGAACAUCCUAUAAAGCCCUUCCGGGUUUACCGUCAAUGUUUGCCCAUCCCAAUCGCAAUUGGAAGGAUACAAAUCUCAAAAAUAAUCGUCCAGUAUUGGCUCUAAAGCUCAAUGACCUCGUACAGAAUUUGCAGAAAUGCUACCAACUCACAACUGGUGGGAAAUUCACAGAGGCCGUUGAGAAAUUCCAAUUGAUUGCAAUAUCAAUCCCGCUGCUCAUUGUGGACAGUCGACAGGACAUCUCGGAGGCACAGCAACUCCUCACGAUAUGCAAGGAGUACGUUGUUGGAUUGCAAAUGGAGACAAAACGCAAGGGAUUGCCAAAAGGAACUUUGGAGGAGCAACAGAGACUCUGUGAGAUGGCAGCCUACUUUACGCACUGCAAUCUUCAGCCAGUCCAUCAGAUUCUUACCCUGAGAACGGCACUCAAUAUGUUCUUCAAACUCAAAAACUACAAGACAGCCGCCUCAUUUGCCAGGCGUCUCUUGGAAUUGGGCCCGAGAAUGGAGGUGGCACAGCAGGCGCGAAAGAUGCUCCAAGCGUGCGAGAUGAAUCUCACGGAUGAGCACAAUCUGCUGUACGAUGAACACAAUCCCUUCAACCUAUGCGCCGUCACCUACAAGCCAAUCUACAGGGGUCAACCUGAGGAGAAGUGCCCACUCUGUGGAGCCACCUACAAUCCCGAUUUCAAGGGAAUUCAGUGUGUUGUCUGCGGGGUAGCGGAAGUGGGGAAGAAUGUGAUUGGUUUGAGAAUCUGUCAUCUGCAAUUCCGAUAAAUUUAUUCAAGCAUUUUCGCAAGGAUUUAUCUAUCAUUCUUUUAAUUGUAUUUCAUAUUAUUAUUGGUCAAUAAAAUACUUAUUAUUUACUUUCAA